AAGGGGCGGCACCGGAAGUAGCGGCGGCAGCGGCAACAUGGGGAAGCAGAAGAAGGCGCGGAAGUACGCGGUCAUGAAGCGCAUGAUCAGCCUCCGGGAUCAGCGCAUUAACGAGAAGGAGCGGGCGAAAGCCCCCGUGAAGAAGAAGGAGGACCCGAGUGCCAUCAAGGAGCGGGAGGUCCCCCAGCAUCCCUCUUGUUUGUUCUUCCAGUAUAACACGCAGUUGGGCCCCCCUUACCACAUCCUAGUUGACACUAACUUCAUCAACUUCUCCAUCAAGGCCAAGCUGGACCUAGUGCAGUCGAUGAUGGACUGUCUCUAUGCCAAAUGUAUUCCAUGCAUCACAGAUUGCGUAAUGGGUGAAAUUGAGAAAUUAGGACAGAAGUACCGUGUGGCAUUAAGCUCUUGUUUUGAGAAUAACAUACUGCGUUCCUGUUCCUCCAGACUGUGUUACUGUACACUCUGGUCUGGUUGCUGUCACGCUGCCUUGUAUGUCCCCACAGAAUUGCCAAGGACCCUCGGUUUGAACGCUUGCCGUGUAUGCACAAAGGAACCUACGCAGAUGACUGCUUGGUACAGAGGGUCACUCAGCACAAGUGUUACAUUGUGGCCACAGUGGAUAAAGAGCUCAAGCGGAGAAUACGAAAAAUCCCAGGAGUGCCUAUAAUGUAUAUUUCCAGGCACAGAUACAAUAUUGAGAGGAUGCCAGAUGAUUACGGAGCUCCUCGAUUCUAACCUGUCCAGCCAAGCCAUCGAUGCCAGGACUCUGAGCCAGGAUAAGGGUCCUUCUGGUUCCAACCCUCCUGCUUUCUUUUCUGCUGGGUCUCUGCUCAUAGGACUGUGGGUGACAUUGGACCAACUUUAUAGCCUUGAUCUUCUAAGAAAAAGCUACUUGGAAGAGUCUGGUUUUAUUCAUCCUUGUUCUGACUUGGCCUGAUUACCUAUAGCUGGGAGAAGCACAUGGGAAAGAGAGGCCAGCAGUGCCCAGAACAAGCCUAACUGCCUCUUUGUGGGGGUCAUUGGAAAAAGUGAUUUCAGCAUUCUGAAUUCUGGUGAUGCAAUUCUGGCUGAGAAUGAAACCACCGAAAUUUUAGAAGUUUCUUACUGCUGUAUCUGCAGCAGGACAAGUGUUCCUCCGGGAAACUCCCUCACACCUGUCCCACGAGCAAAUUGGAAUCUGCAUUCUGGACAAAAGCUGUCAAAUCUGCACCAGUUGGCGUGUCUUCUCUGGACCAAUGGUCUGGAAAAUUUUAAUUCAGAAUUGAUGGGCUUCUAUUCAACUGUACAAUGAAUGAAGUUGGGUUAAGUGUUCAGAUUCCCGUGUCUAUACUGGGUUAGGUGGCAGCUCAGUCCUUUUGCUUAUAUGGAGAGUGAUGGCAGGAGAGCAGGGUUGGGUCGGGACAGACAUUUCUAUCUUGUUUGCUUGACACCUGUGCACCUCAAAGGCUUAUCCCUUUCGUUAGGUGUCAGGGAAUAGGAGGAAGGUAUCAGACUUUAACAGGAAAAUGUCAAACUGUGAAAGGUAUUAACGUAGGCUGGGAGCAGAGUAGGUGGGAGGAAUCUGAGCAAUGGCUCUGGAUCAAGAGAGUCUCACAGAGACCUGCAGCAUUUGCUGCAGGAAGGAAGUGGUCAGCGGAGGGAAGGAAAAGAGAUGGUUAAGCCACAUGGAGAAGUGGAGAGGAAAAAAUACUUCAAAGAUGAACUCUGUAUUCUCAUAUCUUCUCCAUUACUCUUUAAUUUUUAGCAAUAUAAUUUGCUCUUCUGAUCUCUGCUCUGUGGUGAGAGGAAUUGUCUUAAGACUGAGAGGCAAGAGACAAUAUGAGGGUUGCCAGGGGCCAACGUGCCAUAGCGUGCUUCCUAGCUGAAAUGCUGGAGUUGGGGUAUAGUAAAGGAGGAGAAACUUUCAAACUUUAGUAGAGCUUUUAUCCUGUGGUGCCUUACACUGGUCCAGGUUGCAGAGACUAGCUGAACUCGGAUGUCUGUAUGCUGGGCAGCAUACAGUGAAGAUAAUACCUCUCUUCUGCUAAUCAUUUCUGUCCUUGGGAAAUGCCCUGACGUGCUAAUAACUUCUUGCUAGCACCCUGCCUCUACAGAUACUGCAGGAAACUUUGGGAACACAUCAAUCUUACUCCUCGUACUAUCUCUUUACUUGCUGCAGGCUCACCUACUAAACUCAUCCCUGAAAUAACAGCAUACUGACACUUUCAAAACAUAGCCUCUUCCAAGCUAUCACUGUUGAAGUUUAUCUUCUCUGCCUCCAGUCAGGAAGGGGGUAGCCAACAACCCUGAGAUUUUACACUCUGUGUGUAAUUGUACAUUUCAAAAAUAAUAUCCUUAGUUUUCUUCUCUCAAUCCAAGUAACAUUUAUUUAAGGUAAAUGUUUAAGUGUUGUCAUGAACACUUGAAGAUCAUGUUUAGUCAAAUGAGGACUGACACACAGUUGUAGGAUUAGAUCUGUGUAACUUGGUUUCCAGAAUAAUUCUCCAUUUUGAAAGACUUCUAUAAGACAGAGUUAACUAGAAUUGUUUCUGUGCAAAUAACUUCACUUGAAUUAACCUAAAUUGAAGGAAAAUGGAGAAGAAAGAAAUGGAGUCUUAUGGUAAUACUUGAUAUCAGUCUUUGUGGUGCUAAAGAAGAGGUCAAAGGCACAGCAACAUGAUGCAUUUGGGGAAUGUCUGCCUGCCAGCAGAAUGCCUACUGGAGGGACUUAACAAAAAUAUAUGUAUGUAGCAUGAACUGUGGGUAGGACUCAAAGCAAACGUGCCCAUUUAAUGAAGUCUUUUACUCCUUAAAUUAAUGUUCCUUGUAAUCUGCCUUGCUUGUUUUAGUAACAGGAGGAGGAACCUGGAAUAGGUAUAAGGCAAUUCCUGAAGAAGCAUUAAGAGGGUUGAAGGACAAGUAGCAGGGAGGAGGUAUUGGCAGUGAGUGAACCCAUCAGGAAAUGUUCGUAAAUUGAGUGUAAUUGGCAAGACAGAAAAACUUGGGUAUUAACUCAAAGAGCCUGGUCAGAAGAGAAACGCAGGACAGGAAAGGACCCCCUGAGUUACCAAGUGCUUCCCCUGCAGUCCCAGGGAACCUGUGUACCAGACGCUUAGUUCACAGGGAAGUAUUUACUCCAUGCACACCAUGGCAUCCCAGCCUCGGAUCCAACUUACAGUACGUCAAAGGAGGAAAGAUCAUUAUCUGUAUAACAGGAAAGAAUUUGGUAAGCGAGAAUGCUUUGGUGUUCCUACAAAUGCAGAACUCUGCCAGUCCAAAUCAGAAGAGAAAUUUUUUCCUGACCCAACUCUGGCAGUUGGUUUAAACCUGCACAUGAGUUAGAUAUCAAACAGAUGCCUGCAAUGUUUCUCAGUAACUCUAGGGAAUCCAGCCUCCCCCUUAACAUCCUGUCUCUUGCUGUAGCCAGUUUCCAUAGCUUCACAGACAGAGAAAACAAUCAGAAAAGCCACAAAAAGAAGGUUUGAAGUUAUGCGAAGAAUGGGAGAAAAUAAUUUCUACACCUUUCUGGGGGCCACCAGAAGGCCCAAGAUUGCUGCAGCAGUUCCACCAGAUGGAAGUGAAGAAACUUAAGCUGCUGAUCCAAGAUGUGACACUGGUUAAUUGAGGGUUAACUGAAAUGUGUUAGAAUAGCAUUUAGAAGCAGGAAGAGCAUAAGCUGUUAGAAAAAUUAACUAAAACCAGCAUGAUGACAUGCAUUAAUGUUACGGACUGUAAAAGAAUAAGAGGGCACAAUGUGAACUUAACAGGGUUGCUUUAGGACAAGGUAAUGUUGGGUAAAACCAAUGUAUCUUGGCUGGCGGGAAUCAACUCCACUGCUGACCAAACCAGAUUUGGGCAUCAACAAAAGCAUCUGUCAAGUUAUUUGGAAAUUAGAUUUUGGCCUCCUCGAUGUAGGCUGGAAAACAAUUGGUACUAAAAAUUGUUGAGUACAUGUAUUUCUUCAUAAGGGAAGUAACAGGUUUCUUCACAAUAUUGAGUAACCACAAUAAACAGCAAGAAUAUUGGGAGAGACCUGCCUGCAGGAAAUAACCUUGAGUAGACUGAUCACAAGAACUCACUUUGAGUGAAUUGAUCAGGAGGAUAAAUCAAAGGAUGUUUGCAACAGGAAUUCCCUGUUAUGAAAGGACAGACUUUCAAAAGCUUAGUGAGCAAACUGGCCCUAACAGCUUGUGGAUAUAAAUGUUAAAUAUGUGUAUGAUGUGGAGGCCAAAAGUAGGUGAAGUCAUAUUCACUGCAAGAGGAAGCUUGAAGGAGCACCACCCUAGACAGAAAAGGAUCAAUAAUCAUCUCUAGAUGAAAAGAUACUGAAGAAUAGAAAAGACAAUUCUAUGUGUAUUAGAUUAAUUAAGAUGGUAGUUUUCUUAAAGAUUUGCAUCUCAUAACUUGAGCUCUGACUCUACUUGAAGCUUUUCUUGUAGAUUCAUGGUGCAUCACCUCUGUGGGUUCCUUGGAACUUAACAACAAAUGAACACAAAGUCAUCUUUUCCAGCAGAGAGGACAAAACUUUUUUCUCUGCCUAGUAAUCUGGUUUUCCUGAUUGUUCUCCUGACUGAAGUCUUUGGACUUUAACACCUGCCUUUCUCCACUGGCCAGGGGUCCUUGAUUCACCAGCCACGAACUAGGGAUUGAACAUGAGA